UGCUCUUCAACUUCCUUAUUUGCCCGUCAGCACUGUUUCCUCUUUCGUUAACUGAUAGGAUUCUUCUUCUUCAGCACACGGUUUCGAAAAGACUUUUUUAACCUGCCAAAGAGGACAAACUGUACAAAUCUGCACUUUAUAAAGAAACAUGAGUGCAGUCUGUUGCUGGGAUUGAGCAGUCUAAGUUUUUGAAGAGGGAUUUUUUUGAGGUGCUUGUGCAAGACUGCUUCAUAUUUUCUGUAUGAGCAAGAAGGAAACGACAGUGAAAUGGUGACAGUCAUGGGUGUCUCUGUGCAGUAGUCUACACGCGGUGUGUGUCUGAGUGUGUGUGAUGUCGGGAGACACCAGCACCCUGUCCUGGAGGAGCAUGUCUCCCACCAGCCAGUCAGAUGUCUCGGAUAUGUCUCCCACGACACCUGUCAUCACGGAAAACAUCUUCCCGGUGAAGAUCAUGAAAGUGUGUUUCCUUAGCAACAGCUCCAACUUGGGCAAAAACUUCAAACUAGUCCGCUGUGAGGAGGGAUGGACUGUCAAGAGCGUCAUCAAUGUGGUGCUGUCCAGUGGCUGUGUGGGUCCAGACAUAAAGCACAGCCUCUGCUACGGUCUCCUCCUCAAACACCUCAAGUCCUCAGAGAGUCACUGGCUGCACCCAGACAUGACUGUGUUGGAGCUCACCCAGCGCUACGAGCAGCAGCACCUAGAGGCAGAGUGGAGAUACGACCUGAGGAUCAGAUACAUCCCAUCAGACUUCAUGAAGGAAUUCCAAGAUGACAGAACCACAAUGCUCUACUUUUACCAGCAGGUACGAAGUGAUUUUAUGCAGCAGUACGCCUCAAAAGUUAGUGAUGGAAUGGCUCUACAGCUUGGUUGUCUGGAAAUUAGGAGAUUCUUCAAAGAUAUGAAUCCAAACGGACUGGAGAAAAAGUCCAACUUUGAACUACUGGAAAAAGAUGUCGGGCUGGACCAGUUUUUUUCCAGAGAACUCAUUGACAGCAUGAAACCCAAACAGCUGCGUCGGAUGAUUCAGCAGACGUUUCAGGGCUACUCCACCCUGAAGCAGGACCAGUGCGUGGUCAAGUUCUUCACCACGCUGGCUCAGUGCUACAGCUUCACACAGGAGAGCUUCGCCUGCCAGCUUGUGCACGGCUGGAGUGUAACAAUAGACCUGGUCAUCGGUCCUGACGGCAUCAGUCAACACACCGAGAACUCAACUCCCAUCUAUCUGGCCAAGUUCUCUCAGGUUCGCAGCAUCUCCUGCUCUGCAGAGAGUGAUGGUCGGGCUCUGCUCACCGUGCACAUAGAGGGAGCCCAACAGCCACUCUCGGUGAGCACUUCCUCCCUGGCUGUUGCAGAAAACAUGGCCGACCUGAUCGACGGCUACUGUCGACUGGAAGGCUGCACAGAGAGUUCGCUCAUUAAAAGCAAAGGGAGAGACGCAAGACUGAAACUUCCUGACAUCCCACAGCGAUGUGGUCCCAACAUCCCUAAUAGAGGUCAAAAUUCUGAUAUUUAUGCUGAGAUUCCAGAAGAUACAGGAGACUCUAGUGAGAAGCACAGGAUCUCCAGAGAUGACGUUAUCGUGGGUCGGAUCCUGGGUGAAGGAUUCUUCGGAGAGGUUCAUGAUGGGGAAUAUAAAAGCCCGACAGGUGAGAAGAUCCGCGUUGCUAUUAAAACAUGUAAAGACUGUUCGGCGGAGGUGAAGGAGAAGUUUCUCAGUGAAGCGGGCUUGAUGAAAGACCUCCAUCAUCCCCACAUUGUGCGUCUCAUUGGAGUCAUCGAAGUCGAUCCUGUGUGGAUUGUCAUGGAGCUCUACGAACACGGAGAGCUGGGGAAGUAUCUCUUGGAAGAGAAGUACAUCCUGACUACGACGACGUUAAUCCUGUACUCUUUACAAAUCUGCAAAGCACUGGCGUACCUGGAGGGACUCAGUAUGGUGCACAGAGACAUAGCAGUGAGGAAUGUCUUGGUGGCGUCUCCUGAUUGCGUUAAGCUCGGUGACUUCGGCCUCUCUCGCUACGUUGACGAACAAGAGUAUUAUAAAGCCUCAGUCACUAGACUACCAAUCAAAUGGAUGGCGCCUGAAUCCAUCAACUUCAGACGCUUCACCACGGCCAGUGAUGUCUGGAUGUUUGGCGUGUGUGUGUGGGAGAUCUUCUCAAUGGCCCAGCAGCCGUUCUUCUGGCUGGAGAACGGUCAGGUGAUCGGCCAGCUGGAGUCGGGCAUUCGACUCCAGAAACCGCAGCUUUGCCCUCCCAUCAUCUACUCCCUGCUCACCCGCUGCUGGGCCUACGAGGCGCGCUCCCGGCCCACCUUCAGCCAGCUCGUCUGCUCGCUAAAUGAUAUCCACAGGAUGGAGUUGGAGCAGGAGGCGAAUGAGAGGCGAGGCCGAUCGCACACCAUGUCAUCGAUAUUUGACCCCAACCAUGCAGAGCCUCCACCCAAACCCUCAAGAAUACAAGGCAGCACCCUUCCUCGGGCCUCGCAAAUACAGGCAGCAGGGAAGGACAGCAGGCCAGCAUGGGAGAAAGAAAGAGUGGAGGACACUUUGCAAAGACAAAGACAAGAGAUGCUGAUGGAUAAGCAGUGGCUGGAGCAGGAGGAGCGACAACUGGAUCCUGUUGCGCGGCUGGAUACACAAAUCAAGCCUCCUGAAAAAAGCCAAGAAAAUGGCCCACCAGAGAAACCCCCCAUGCCUCCCACUCAGCCUCGACCCACAGCUGAGCUGGACCGAUCGGGUGAUCAGGUUUACACGGGCGUCAUGGCGAUGGUGAAACAGGUGGUCCAGCUGAAGAAUGACGUCAAAACACUUCCAGCCUCCGAGUAUCCCCACGCUGUCAAGGCGGUGGGCAUCACCCUACGCAGCCUGAUUCAAAGUGUUGACGAGAUCCUGCCCUCUCUGCACAGCUCUGUCACCACAGAGAUCGAGGGCACUGAGAAACUCCUGAACAAGGAUUUAGCGGAGCUGAUCAAUAAGAUGCGACUGGCCCAGCAGAACUCGGUCACAUCGCUGAAGGAGGAGUGUCAGCGGCAGAUGUUGGCAGCUGCUCACACUCUGGCACUCGACUCCAAGAACCUGCUGGACGCUGUGGACCAGGCUCGGGUCAGAGCCAACCUGGCCAAACCCAAGCCUGACUCGCAAGAUGUAGAAGACAAAUGAGGAGGAAACAGACAAGCUCUGUUGAUCGCAUGGAUGUGAAAUCUACGCUCAUGUUUGGAGGAUGAGUUUGUUUCUGAAGGACACGUGGAGGUUUCUGUGCUCCACCAAACCAGUGACAGAUGUUCUAUUUUUAUUUGCUCCGAAAAAUGAACCAUGUUAAGUUAAACUGAACAAAAGCUGGAAAAAAACUAAGACAUUAUGUGGACUCAAAUGUUUAUAUUUUUACUAUUAAAGACUGAUAAUCUACAA